UCAUUAAUAUGAUGAUUUGAUGCUCAAGAAACAUUUGUUAUUAUUAUCUAUGUUGAACAGUUCUGUAAAUUUUUUUUCAGGAUUAUUUGAUGAAUAGAAAGCUGAAAAGAACAGCAUUUAUCUGAAAUAUAAAGCUUUUGCAACAUUAUAACUACCAUUCAAUUUUUCAUUUUAAUGCAAGUUUUGUUCAAAUUUAACCUGAAGAAAUCCUGAUCUUGUUCUUUGAACCACAGGUGAUCAUGAACUCCACCCUCUUCCAACACUUACCAGGAAGAGACGGACUUAUUAUUUCUCUUUUCUGUCAUUCUGACUCUCUUCUCUUUUGACAAAAGCAAUAAAGAAUCAGCGAUCAGUGGAGAAUGAAGAGAAACACUGUCAAGAAGGAUUUUUGAGGCAUUUGUUUCUGAACAGACAGCAGAUCGUUGUGAUUCUUAAGGUGAUUCACUUUUAAAACCGUCGUUCAGAAAGUGAAAGUAAAGUUUAUGUUGCUGAAGCUCAAACAGUGAAAAUGGCUUCACUAAAUGUUUCUGCUGAAGAACUUUCUUGUCCCGUGUGCUGUGAAAUCUUCAAGGCUCCUGUUCUUUUAUCAUGUAGUCACAGUGUCUGUAAAGAGUGUCUUCAACAGUUCUGGAGAACCAAGAAAACUCAGGAGUGUCCUGUCUGCAGGAGAAGAUCCUCAAAAACUGAACCUCCAGUUAAUCUUGUGUUAAAAAACUUGUGUGAGUCGUUCCUGAAGGAGAGAAAUGAGAUGAGUUCAUCAGGAUCUGAGGAGAUCUGCAGUUUACACAGUGAGAAACUCAAACUCUUCUGUCUGGAGGACAAACAGCCUGUGUGUUUAGUGUGCAGAGAUUCACAACAACACGACAAUCACAAAUUCAGACCCAUCAGUGAAGUGGUUUCAGCAUAUAAGGAGGAGCUCAAUACAGCACUGAAGUCCUUAGAGAAGAAACUUCAACACAAUGAAAAAAUGAAAGGAGGGUUUGAGAAAACAGUUCAUCACAUCAAGUCUCAAGCUGAGCACACAGAGCGUCAGAUUAAACAGCAGUUUGAGAAGCUUCAUCAGUUUCUCAAAGAUGAAGAAGAAGCUACAAUCACUGCACUGAGGGAGGAAGAGGAGCAGAAGAAGCAGAUGAUGAAGGAGAAGCUGGAGGAGAUGAACAGACACAUCUCAGCUCUUUCACACACAAUCAAAGACAUGGAGGAGAUGAUGAAAGCCAAUGACGUCUGCUUUCUGAAGGAGUUUCCAGUCUCAAAGGAAAGAGUCCAGAGCUCACAGCCGGAUCCACAGAUGGCUUCUGGAGCUUUGAUUCAUGUGCCACGUUACUUGGGCAACCUGCCGUUCAGAGUCUGGAAGAAGAUGCAGGACAUCGUCCAAAACACUCCUGUGAUUCUGGAUCCAAACACUGCGAAUCCACGUCUCGUCCUGUCUGAUGAUCUGACCAGUGUGAGAGACAGCGGGAACAAUCAACCUCUUCCUGAUAAUCCAGAGAGAUUUGACUACUAUCCCUGUGUUCUGGGUUCAGAGGGGUUUAACUCAGGAACACACUGCUGGGAUGUGGAAGUUAAAGAGAGUUCAGUCUGGAGUCUUGGAGUAACUACAGCAUCAAACCAGAGGAAGGGAUAUGUUUUCUUCAACACUGAUGUCUGGUGUGUGUCGUACAGAUGGACUCCAUGUUCUGGUUUUCGUGUCAAACAGAAGCUUGAUCGUGUGAGAGUGAAUCUGGACUAUGACAGAGGAAGGGUGUCAUUCUCUGAUCCUGUAACUAACACACAUCUACACACAUUCACAACCACCUUCACUCACACACUCUUUCCAUUCUUCUGUAAUUAUAUUUCUUCCUCUCUGAGGAUCUUAGCGGUCAAUAGUCAGUAAUCGUUACUCCUGUAGGUCUGGAUCUUCCUGCUUUCAUCAUGUUUCCAAGAUUUAAUCCAGAUCACAUGAGUAAGAGUGCUGUUGAUCUGAAUAUCAGUACGGUGGCUGUGAUUGGGCCGUGAUGAUCACAUGACUGAUAUCAGCACUACAGCAACACUCACACUCAUAUUGCUUUAAUACAACAGAUCAAUAAACAACAAGUUUAUUUAAUUAGAGUUUAGAAGAAGUUUAAAAAGCACUUUACACAAUAAGAACAAUUAUUAGACAAUUUUAGGACAAUAACCGUUUACCUGAUUAUUAUUUCAGUGAAGUUUGUCACGUUGCUAUUUUCACAUAAUUAUAUAUAUAUAUAUAUUAAACUGAACCUAAUUCUACACAGUUUCACUGAAUUUGUAAAUGAAUAAUUGUUUAUUUGAGUUUAACUGAUCAUUUGUUCAUUUAAGCUCAUGGAUAUAAACAAUAAACACUUUUAUUAUUUACGGAUCUGAUUCUGAAAAACACAGUCAAUGUUUCUGUGAUUCACUGAAAUCUCUGAGAAAGACUGAGUUUCUGAACAGAAUUUGAUCAUCCCGAGUUUAAACGUUUUGAGCUUCUGCAUCAUUCAGACUCACACAGACAUCAAGAAUCAGUGUGUGAAUCUGAACAAUGGUGACGAUCCUGCUGCAGUGCAUGCUGGGUACCAGCUAGUACAAAACUCAUUCAUGACUCCCAGCAUGCAUUGCAGUGUGAAUAAAUUAUGCAGCUGAAAUGUCCCACUAUUUUUAUUCUUACUCUUUAUUUUUAUUUCUGCUGUUGUUUUGUUGACUGUCGUAGCUUGUUCUGUGAUGUUUGAUCUGUUUAUCUGAAUAUGUCGUUGAUUGUCAUCGUUGUUGAGGUUUGUAUGAUGAUGUCAUAGACUGUAAAAAACAUGGAAGACGCUCCUCCACUCUCUUCCACUGUAGGAAAGUGAAGCUGCCAUUGGGAUAUUGGGAUAUGACAUCUUGUGCUGUUUCAGAACCUGUAAUAAAAUACAUUUAUCAAAUGAACAUUUAUGGAAAUGUAGUUAUGGAAAUUAUGGAAAAGUUAAAGCUCCAAUCUCAUUCUGAAAAAAGUCCAUUGGAGCCUCAGUGACUACUUCACUCAGAGAAGCUGUCAAUCACAGCUGUCAAUCAUGACGUCACAUCCUGUUUUUAUAGCAUCAAAUAAUUUACUAAAAACAAAAUUAUUUAUAAAACAACACUUGAACUUCAGUGUGGUAAAAACUACAUAAAAUGAGACAAACCAUCUUUGGAAAUAAAAUACAUUUUUAAGUGUAA